UGUAGUAAUACUAAUAGCUAAGCUGGUACAGAGCUGGAGCAGUAGAGCUAGCUAGGCAGCGACGGCCUUAGCCGUUCGUCUGCUGAUAACGGGAAAAAAUAAUUACUUCAAUCUUACUGAUAGCGCUAGCGGGCGAGGAAGCGCCGAGCGGCGUGAUACUGAUAUAGGCAGAGAAUGCUGAAAGUGUCAGCAAGCCGCAGCAGCGGUGAUGAACAUCAUGGAUGUACGCCUCACCGCAACGACAUGCUGGCAAGUCAGCCACAAACCGUCUCACUGCUUGCUCAGGACGAGCUACCACUGCUUCCUCAGGACGAACCACCACUGCUGCCACAGUCGGAACCUCUCCUGGCACAAUCGGAUGAGACAACUGAAGAAGGCUGUUGUUGUUCCUCAGACGAGCAGGCGAAGAGCUACGGGAAAGCUAGCUUCUGUUGCAGAGGAGGUUCCGUCGCUCCAUCACGCAGGAAGAUGCUUGUGACACGCGCGAGCACCAGGAGGCUGCUGAAGCUGAAACUAGUGCUCCUGUUCAACGUGACGCUGCUUGGCUACUGGCAGAUGACCCUGCUGACAAGGCGAGGCUGCCAAUCCGGCAACACCAGCAGCACGACGACUGGAGAAACGACCGCCGCUAGUGACGACAAUGCCAGCUUGCUGGAGGAAGUGGAGAGGGAGAUAGCUGCCCUACAGAGGGAGGUAGGCAUAAGGAAGAGAGCCCUGGCCGAAAUGGACGCAGAUGUGAGAGACGAAGCAGCUGGCAUGGACAGUGCCGGCCUGGGAGCAAUCACGAACGACGAUGGACUGCCCGCGUUGCCUGAGUCACCGACACACGAGGCCUCCGCAUUGCACUCGUCGCAGACGCAAGCUAGCUGGCAGUCAUCAUCGCACCGAGCACCGCAGACAGCAAGGAGCGCACGCGCACACACGGCCCAGCACGAGCGCAUGAACAAGGCGGCAUUGUCAGCGCAGUGGUCGGAGCUGGUCUCCUGGGCAACGUUCAACGCCACGCACUACUUUGAACAGGCAGACAACAGUGGUGCGCCACCAUUGGCCCAAGGCACCGAUCUCACUGGCAGUGGUGGUGCCGGGCAACGACACACGGUAGAGGUGGACCUUCUGUUAACGCACACGCUCUCCGCAAUGCACGGCCUGUAUUCCCGCGGGGAUUUCGUCGAGGGCCUAGCGCGCACCAUUCGCCCGUUCGGCAUGCAGUACGAGCUGUUUUUUCGCCGCCGCCGGGGCAACCCUGAGCAGCAGGAGGAUGCUGUGGAGCGAGUGCGAGUUAUGAGAUCUCUAGGGCGACUCGAAGCUCGCUCUCUAUCUGCAGCGAGCGAGAAUAGAGAUGAUGUAGACACAGACAGUAUGAUGACUGGUACUCCAAACCCGAGUGCUAGCGGAGAGUGGAACGCGGUGAAUAUCACGACUCGACCCUGUCACUUUCUCGUGACCAUGUCGAGUCGCCGCGACGUGCACCACCUCCGUCACACCAUGCAGUACUUUACCAGCACUGUGUUGCUUAGCGACGAGGCGCGCGACUGGCGACUGGACCGCCUGGCGUCGCUCAGCGUGGUCGUCGUGACGACGGACGCGUUUGUCGUUUCCGCGGCAACGGACGUUGUACGCGACGCGCUACGCGACCACCAGGACUUCAGCCGGUACUACGUGGUGCGCGUAAGCAACGCCGGUGAUUGGCGAAGCUCCGUGCUGACACAUCUCCAGAGCGUGCUUGUUGCCGGAGGCAACCCACACGACACCGUCAUCACCAUGGAUACGCAUUACAUGCCGACCGCGUUCUCUUUGAAUCGUUGCCGUGCGGUCGCCGAUGCCGGUCGCCGUGCCUACAGCCCCAUAGCCUUUCAGCUGUACAACCCGCUGCUCAACCACGGCAUGCGACGCAAGAAGGUGUCCGGCGCCCGUGGCUUCUGGGAGGACAGAGAUCACGGCGUCCUUUGCCUUGCAUGGUCGGACAUGGAAGGUGCUCUGCAGCACAUACCGGCAGAACAAUUCAGAGGCAAUUCCUUUGCAGCACCACCGUCGCCUAGUCUUGUUCUGUAUCGGCAUCUACUGGCCACGCGUCACAUUUCCGUGAUCCGAGCACCCGACAGGGGUAUGUUCCGGCCUCACAGAAUCACCAGAUGCGAAAUGAAACCAGUGCAGAACCCGGUGGAAGCGCAGCGGGCCGAAGCACUGUUUGACGAGUGUCGCAUGCAGAAGGCCCGCACCGAGGGAACCCGCCGCACCAUCGCCGAGCUAGUGUUCGGGGAGCAAAAGGUGCGCGACCUGCUUGUACAAGCGGAAACCGCGCAGCUCAGACACGAAGACAAGAUGUGACGCGGCAGGCGACGUCAUUGCGUCACCAUGAUGACAUCAUCAUCAUCAUGAUGAUCUCAUCAACAUACCAGGCAAUGUACGGAUGAGUAAAGUACACCCACAACUAUUGUUGUCAGGAUGGUUUCCAUGGUAACAUCGAUGGGGCAAUUGUCUCUCAGUGGAUUUCCAACACAAAUGCACUUGGAAAUGGACUUGGAUUAUCUCUUUGCUGAUCGGAUUGACUGUGACUCUCAAGACAUCGAGGCCAGCCCUGCUAAAGUAAAUCGAACAUUGAACAGCAUGUGCCCCCCCCCCCCCC